AUGGCGGACAAAUCCGCGUUCGUGCCUGUAGAGGCCGUCACAGAUAGGAAAGGUUCUGCCGAAGUCGAAGCUGACAUCGACGCUGAACUAUUUGGAAAAAAGGUAACGAUGUUUCCUAACCAAAAAUGGAGACGUUACAGUAAAACAGGGUGUGCAGCUAAACAAGGGGUCAAACAAAAAAAGAUAAGCAUAUGGCAUGCUAGAGCAGCACUCAAAACUGCUUUGAGAAGUAAAAGAUCAUUUUUUGGUCUGAAAAGUGUUUUGGGUCUAGCUUUGUUACAAGUUUGGUCAGAGCUGAAAUCUCGACAGGAUUCCAUCAAGACGAAUUACACUUGA